AUGGAAGCCAGCAGAGGCCCCGCCAUAGCCAAGAAGCUCUCCAACGUGCUGCGCGUCUUCUACGUCACACUCCGAAGGGGGAUCGUCUCCAAGCGGGAGACCGCCGCCCACCGCGGCGGUGGCGGCGGCAGCGGUGGGGUUGGCGGAGGAUGCGGCGGCGGGUCAAGCCUCUCAUGCCGAUCCAUGGAACCGGAGAUCUCCUACUACUGCCCACGGGAGGUGGCAUUCAGCUGCAGCAACACCCCCGCCGACUAUCCUUUCUACCUCCACCGCCGGAGGAGCCGCCGCCGCCGCCGCAGCGCCGCCGUGGGGGGGAUCUACGGGACGGAAUCUCCCGUCCGGUCGCCGGCACGGGCGCCGUCUCGCCGGCUGCCGCUGAGGGUCGCUGACUCUCCCCUCGCCUGCAGCGAGGACGGCGGCGGCGGCGCCGCCGACGGGCGGCGCCAGGUGGACCGUGAGGCGGAGGAGUUCAUCCGGCGGUUCUACGAGCAGCUGCGGAUGGCCUCCCUCACGCCCGCCCGCCGCCGCCGCGACUUCUACGGCUGA